UACAGCGCUUGUUAAGUUACACGAAACUGGCGCCGCGAGCUGAAACGGCCCGGAGUCCGUUUCCAUAAAGAAGCGCGACGCGUGUCGAAGAUAAACGGGUGAGAGUAACGGAACAGAACACGAGCCUCGGCUGGAUUAUCAAAGUUUGAAAUGGCCCGCGCGCGCUUCCUGCAGGGCUGCGCGGUGCGGCUCGCGCUCCUGUGCAGCGGCUUCCCGUGGCACGCGCUCGCCGCCUCCAGGGAUAUCACGUGCGAGCCCAUCACGGUGCCCAUGUGCAAGGGCAUCGGCUACAACCUCACGCACAUGCCGAACCAGUUCAACCACGACACGCAGGAGGAGGUGGGUCUAGAGGUGCACCAGUUCUGGCCGCUGGUGCGCAUCCGCUGCUCGCCGGACUUGCUCUUCUUCCUGUGCAGCAUGUACACGCCGAUCUGCCUGCCGGACUACAAAAAGCCGCUGCCGCCCUGCAGGUCCGUGUGCGAGCGUGCCAAGCGCGGCUGCUCACCGCUCAUGAGCCAGUACGGGUUCGAGUGGCCCGAGCGCAUGAGCUGCGAGCGGCUGCCUGUGCUGGGGGACGCCGAGCGUCUGUGCAUGGACCAGAACAGCAGUGAGACGACCACGCUGUCGCCGCUCUUCCAGAAACCCACCCCUAAGGGCCUUCCCCGCCGCAAGGUGGCCGCCCCCCAGGAGUGCCGCCGCGAGUGCUACUGCCGCGAGCCGCUCGUCCCCAUCAAGGCUGAGGGCCACCCGUUGUACAACCGGGUGCGCACGGGUCCCCUGGCAAACUGCGCUCUGCCCUGCCACCAGCCCUACUUCUCGGCGGACGAGCGCGCCUUCACCGCCUUCUGGAUCGGCUUGUGGUCGGUGCUCUGCUUCAUCUCUACCCUCACCACGGUGGCGACGUUUCUCAUCGACAUGGAGCGCUUCAAGUACCCCGAGCGGCCCAUCAUCUUCCUGGCCGCCUGCUACCUGUUCGUGUCGCUGGGCUACAUCGUGCGCCUGGUGGCCGGGCACGAGCGUGUGGCCUGCGGGGCGGAGCAGCAGCACGUGCUCUACGACACGACGGGCCCCGCCCUCUGCACGCUAGUCUUCCUGCUGAUCUACUUCUUUGGCAUGGCCAGCUCCAUCUGGUGGGUGGUUCUCUCCUUCACUUGGUUCCUGGCGGCCGGCAUGAAGUGGGGCAACGAGGCCAUCGCCGGCUACUCGCAGUACUUCCACCUGGCCGCCUGGCUCAUGCCCAGCGUCAAGUCCAUAGCGGUGCUGGCGCUCAGCUCCGUGGACGGAGACCCGGUGGCCGGCAUCUGCUACGUGGGCAACCAGAGCCUGGAGAACCUGCGGGGCUUCGUGCUGGCGCCCCUGGUGGUCUAUCUCUUCACCGGGUCCCUCUUUCUGCUGGCUGGCUUCGUGUCGCUCUUCCGCAUCCGCAGCGUCAUCAAGCAGGGCGGCACCAAGACGGACAAGCUGGAGAAGCUCAUGAUUCGCAUUGGCCUCUUCACGGUGCUCUACACGGUGCCUGCCACCAUCGUGGUGGCCUGUCUUGUCUACGAGCAGCACUACCGACCCGUGUGGGAGGAAGCGCUGGGCUGCUCGUGUGCCGCCGAGCGCCAGCGUCUCGGCCCCGACUACCCUGUCUUCAUGCUCAAGUACUUCAUGUGCCUAGUGGUGGGCAUCACUUCCGGCGUGUGGAUCUGGUCGGGGAAGACGCUGGAGUCGUGGCGCAGGUUCGUCACUCGCUGCCGGCCAUGUCGCGCUCGCAAGCCCGCCGGCGCCCCCGCGUAUGGCGAGGUCGCGACUGCGCUCACGACGCGCGCUGGGGCUGCUGGCAUGGGCACCUACCACAAGGCCACUCCACUGUCACAUGUGUGACCUUGUGGCCUCUGUCCACGCUGCUCACACAUCUUAUCCUCCCUGAUGGGGUGAGGUUGUGAACGUGGAUAAUUUCCCAUCUUGUAAAUACCAUAUUUAUCUCGCUGGCUGCCCUCUGUCUCGAGGUGGGUCCCUAAAAACACUCGUGGGAAGCGACUGCGCAGAAGAGCUGGUGCCAUCCGGAUUGCUGCGCGAGUGUGAGGGCCAGUGUUCUUGCUGUAGCUCUGCUGUACUGCUUUGGUGUAAAUAGUGUGUGAGUGUGCGCGCUCCAUCACUGUGUAGAGAAGCUCCUCGCACACUCUGGAUUGGUCUUUAUGUGAUGGUAAAGCAGAGGAGUUACAGAAAUACUAUUUAUUUGUUUAUACGCGUGUGUGUUUUUUUUUUCCAAUACCUGCAGUCCAGGAAGAUCCAGAUGGUUCUUCACACUGUGAUUCUGAAAGUUGUGAUCGCAUAUUGUGCCGUCCCUUCAUUCUUCCUUGAAGUCUCAUCCUUGCCCCCCUGACCAAACCC